AUGGCGUUUGUUACUCCAGACAAACAGUUUGCUCCACGUCAGAUAGUUGCAGACCUCAAACGAUUCUUACAUUCAAAAGAUAGCACUGGACCAGGCUCAUUUACAAUUUCUGAUUGCGGAUAUCUUCUGCUUAUGCUCAAGGAUAACAUACUACGAGAUGGUUCCAAGCAUUUCUCAACUGAAAUUGUUAAUCCACCAUUAUAUGGGUUAGAUGUGUUAUCAAGAGUUAUCAUAGCGCUUCAAGCAGUCAUCAAUUCAUCUGCAGAUUUUGUUUCAAAUACAGAAAUUUCACAAAUGAGUACGAGAAAACGAAAAGCUGCUAUAGCUGAAGCUGAUUGUAUUGAAAUUAUUAAAUUAUUGUUAGAAAAAACAGAUCGUGGAUGGGCAUACUUCUUAGAUUCAUCAACUGGAAUGGAUGCCAUUCUCUUCUCUGUUUAUAGUCCACAAUUGGACUCAAAAUGUUUCUCAUUAGAGAUUUUAUUGCUACUUCUCAAACAACAAAAGGGUUUUACUGUUUUAAUGAGAGCUUUAACUGCAAUGGCCGCUCGCACAAGGGAGUAUCUUCGCUUAGGAAUAUUCAUCAACCAACUGAAACAUGGAAUUCAUACUCAUAAACUUCAUAUCCAAGUAUUGGUUGUGAGACUGCUGAACAAAAUUUUAGCAUCAGCACCAGAUGCUGCACAUGAGAACUUGAUCAAAAUCGAAGCCUCAUUGGCUCAUUUUUCUCCCAAAAGUUUAGAAAUGAUGCUCUCAAAACAUAAUGCUAUGUUAGAUGGAUACGAUGUAUUGGUGGAAGAACUAGAUGUUUGGAGGACACUUACUGGUUCCGAUUGGGAACCGAGAAAAACUGAAAACCAUGGCCUAGAGAACUCAUUCUUCACCAAGCAAAGGUCAGCAUCCAGUCUUCCAAUGGGUUUCUCCACGUUCUCCCGAAACUUAGAUGUACCUAAAGCAAAUAGGAAUGUUAAUAUGAACAAUCAAAUUAAAUCUCAAACACUAGCCAAAGUCAAUCGUACAAUGCUUUCUCCAAAAAAGGAUACUGAUGAUAUAAAAAAGAGUGGUCGUCCAUACAAAUCAAAUCUGAAAGAUCCUAUGAGUGAUUCUUAUGAUAAUCGUUCUUACGGCGGAAUGAGACGUGCUAAAAGUGAAAGUUCUAUGUUGAACGCGGAAAGAACUGCGGAGCAAAUGCAUCCAUUUGUUCGACGAUUGAAAAGGAAUGACAUGAAGCGUGUAGAGCAAGCACCUCUCAACAGAACUCACAGAGAUGAUAAAUAUACUGGGAGUGUUCACGACUUAUCAUUCCAAGAGAGACAAAUGACUGCAGAAAGACCUGUAUCAGCUCUUAACCAGCCAUAUCGGUAUCCAGCUGCAUCUAGAGCAUCAUACUCAAACGAUUUAACCGAAAACAGAAUGUUAUCAACACGAGAAAGAGAACGUCCAACAUCAUCUCAAGCACGUUUCAUGGACCCUCCAGUUUUCGAAACACAGAAACCCCAUGCAGGGUUUAGUUAUCUAUUUCCGCAACAACCGCUAGUUUCUAAUUUGACUUUCAAAAAGAACACGCCACGGGAUAUAGGCAACAAUAAAAACUGGCAGCCUGCUCAAAUGACAGUUCCGCUUUCCUAUUACAAUGGAAAUAGCCAAAACAAACAACAUCCUAUAAAAAUAGAGACAACAAACGAAAAUCCACACUACUACACCGUUGAACAAGAUACAAUAGAGAAAGAUGUCCUUGAUGCUCUGAGCCAGUUUGAUUACUUAAACGAUUACGAUAACAAGAAAGAUUACUAUGAUUAG